AAGCCAUUUUAUCGUACGUCGUUGUCGCUUGCUGCGACUCGCGCAUUUUUGUCUUUAUUUGACAUUCGUUUACUCGUUUAUUUUUGUGUCAUGUUUAUUAGAGUGAAGGGGAUUUGUGUCGAAAUUAUUUAGGGGGACUUGUGUACAAGUUAUCUCUCACGUCUCUGGAAUACAAUGACCGUAGUGUAAAAAAGUUAUUUAAAUAGGAUAUUGAAUCCUUCUUUCAGUAAAGGACAUUCAGUACAUAACUCCAACCAUGGUUCAAGAAUACGUUUCACCCGUAAGGGUACACAAAUACUCAUUUGAGAUGGUGAUGGCUGCAUAUGAAAUGCGGUUUCCGAGCUGUCCACAAAUACCGGUGGUAAUUGAAUGCGUGAUCACCGAGGACAGCUGGUCCGCAGAUGAUUCCCAACGCCACACGACCAGGCGAUGCCAGCUGAAUGUUGAUGCGCCAUAUUUGUUGAAGAAGAUGAUCGGCGUCGAUUACAUAUAUUUCAUUCAGAAAAAUCACCUGGACCUCAAGAAUAGAGUACUGGAAAUCGAAGCAACAAACGAAACCUUCGCCUCCAGAGUAUCCGUAAUAGAAAAAUGUAAAUAUUAUGUGCACCCAGAGAAUCCUGAUUGGACAUGCUUCGAGCAGAGCGCGUUACUUGACGUCAAAAAUUUCUUCGGUCUUGAAAAUACCGUCGAGAAGAUUGCAAUGAAGCAAUACGCCGCGAAUAUUGCUAAAGGGAAAGAACUGAUCGAGGUGUUCAUGAAUGAAGUAUACAAUACUGGCGUGAAGGAGCUAUGGGCGUGGAACGCGUCAGAGCCAGGAAAGAACCGCGAACUGCGGCGAGUCGUGUCCCGCGGUACGGAGCCAUUGUCGCCGGGACCUGUCGCUGAACCCAAGAGGCAUUCUAUACCAGAUCAAUACACUCUCGACAGUGAGUACAUAAAACGUUAUCUGGGCGAGCUGACUCCAAUGCAGGAGUCGCGACUGUUGCAGCUGAGGAAGUGGAUCGCUGAUCUGCAGAAGGGAAAGUUCAAAUACCAGAUGCCAAGCGACACGACCCUGCUUCGAUUCCUGCGAGCUCGGGACUUCAGCGUGGAGAAGGCGCGGGAAAUGUUGUCGCAGUCGCUGCUCUGGCGGAAGAAGCACCAAGUAGACCGCAUCCUCUCCGAAUACGAGACGCCAGAUGUUGUCAAACAAUACUUCCCUGGUGGUUGGCACCAUCACGACAAAGAUGGUCGUCCGUUGUACAUCCUUCGACUCGGACAAAUGGAUGUUAAAGGAUUGUUAAAAUCAAUUGGCGAAGAUGGACUCUUAAAGUUGACACUUCACGUGUGUGAAGAAGGUUUAAAACUGUUAGAAGAUGCGACCAGAUCAUCCGAGCACGCGAUCCAGUCCUGGUGUCUGCUCGUGGACCUGGACGGCUUGAACAUGAGACACCUCUGGAGGCCCGGAGUGAGGGCGCUGCUCCGCAUCAUACAGAUAGUGGAGGCGAACUAUCCAGAGACGAUGGGUAGAGUGCUAAUUGUUAGGGCACCUAGAGUUUUCCCAAUCUUAUGGACUAUUGUUAGUACAUUUAUUGAUGAAAAUACGCGUAGCAAGUUCUUGUUCUACGGUGGCAAAGACUACCUCCAACCAGGAGGCUUGCUUGAUUACAUUCCUAAAGACUUAAUACCGGACUUCCUCGGGGGACCUUGCAAGAGUUUCGUUCACGAAGGAGGUCUGGUACCGAAGAGUUUGUACGUAAGCGGAGCUUUCACGGAACGCGAUGGCGAUCCGCUGAGUGAAGACAGCAUCUAUAGAUCAGUGAGCCUGGGAAAGGGCCAGGUGCACGAAGUGAUAGUCCAGAAUCGAGACCCGCAAAGCGUGCUGACCUGGGACUUCGACGUGCUAAGUCACGACAUCUCCUUCGCCGUUUACCGCAGCGAGCAAGAACUGGAUCGCCCCGACGUCGAGGCCGUGGAGUACAUCGCCACCGCGCGUGUCGCAGACGGGGCGGGCGCGGCGGGCGCGGCGGGCGCGGCGGGCGCGCGCUCGGUGCUGGCCGGCGCGGCGAGCGCGCGCGUGGCGGCGCCGCGCGUGUGCCACGACGGCGAGAGCAUCCAGGGCAGCCACGUCAUGGCCGACUGCGGCCUGUACGUGCUGCAGUGGCGCUGCGAGGCCAACGACGCGCAGCUCAUGUACUUCCACGAGACGCUCGCCAGCCACCACUACCGGGGCUCGAUGUCCAGCCUGCAGUCGGCCACCAGCGGGUUCUCCUGCCUGAGCGGCAAGUCCGCCGUCAGCUCGUGCCCGUCGCGGUGAUCCGCCCCGCCGGCGCCGCCCCCGGCCCCGCUCUCCCCCGCCGCGCAGACCCCCUCGCCCCCCCUCCUGGACUAGUCCCGGUCCGUGGCGGGGUCGCGCCGAUCGACGGUCCUCGGGGCGUCGAGAAUGUUGCGUUUGGCGUUUUAAAAGUGUGGAGACGGACUGCAAUGGGGGCAAAUUACCGAUAACGAAAAACACUUCGCGGGGCACCUGGUUUUUAGCGAUUUGAUGUAUAAAUCCGGCCCCGUCCGUGAGUGUGUGGAUAGAUUAAUUCUCCGUGUCCAUUUGGAACAAUUAUACGUAAUAGAAAAAAAAACAAGACUUCGGACAGUAGAUGCUUUUUACACGAUUACCUUUUUGGUAUUUAAAUAAUUUUAAUAUAAUUUCCUCCAUGAUAAUAUUUUCUUGUUACAAAUUAGCUGAGAGAGUAAUAAGUGACACAAAAUAAUAGAAAUGACACGAAUUGAGAUCAAUGGCUUUGACCGAUAAAUGUUAUUAAAUGUAAUAGCUCAUUAUAAAGUCGUCCACACUACGUAUUCUAUUUUUAUAAAAAGAAGAACUAAUAAUAUAUACGUAUUAUUUUGUAAACCGUAUAAUAAUUUGCGUCUAUCUUUUCAUUUAAUCUCAAUAUGAAAUGUCAUCUGUUUAUCAAUAGCUGUCGAAUUCUUGUGAGAUAUCUUUAUUAUAAUAUAAAUUAUAUAUUUCAAAUUAAAAUUAACUAUUUUUGUUAGUGAAUUACUUAUAAGUAAAUGAGGAAUAAAAAAAUUAUAUUAAUAGGCAGAUUAUUUAUAAUUAAAUGUGUCAAAAAAUCGAAAUACAUUUAUAGUGCGUAAUGUUAUUAAUAAAAAAUGGAAUUAAAAAAAAACAUCGAGAUUUGAAUCUAUGAGGAUAAUAAAAGACGUUGAUAGUAUAAUAUAUUGUCGGGAAAUAAAUAUUAAUAUGUAUCUAUGUGUAGUAGAAAUUGCUACGGUUAGUGUAUAUUAAUAAUCCAUUGUGGAAUUUUAAUAAUGUUAUCAUAGUAAUAAAAGUUAUUGAUGACGCAACUCAAUCGCGGAGUUACUCAAAUCUAUAUCCUAUUUAUCUCGGUAUAAAGUCUAUUUUCAUUAAAUAAUGUAAUAAAAUCAAACUAUUGGUCAUUUAAAUAGCUUUCAUUACGAUAUUUCGAUUAAAUUUAUUUUGAAUUUACGAUUUAAUGUCUAUCUCUUUCUUACAUCAUGAAAUAAGCAUAUUAGACAGGGACAAACCGUUAUAACUCGGUUGAUUCGCUUAUAAUUUGUACUGUCAUUAUCAUCAACAGUUGUGUUAAAAUAGGUUAUUAAUACGUUAUAAUGUUUACUAUUCGUAAUUAUAAUUAGUACCAAGUUCACGCUGUAAAAUGGAACGAAUAAAGAUGUACAAAACGGUACAAAAAGGUUUAAGAGAUGAGCGAGUAUAUUUGAAAGCGCAUAGACAAUAUUAUUUUCAAUACAAUAGUUUAUACCACAGACAAAUAAAUAUGUCUUAAAACGACGUCUUGUGAAGAAAUCUCUAAAGCUACUGUAAAUACUGCUGAAAUCAAAAUUAUAGAUUUUUAUUGGUGAUAGAAUAUAUUUUUGAAAAUUAUCUAAAUAUAAGACUAAUCAUAAAAUCACAAACAUCUCGUAAUUAUUAUUUAAAGAUUAAAACUAUAAUAUGUAUAUAUAUCUAGAACGAAAUAUAUAUUGCGCAUUAAACGGUAUCGGAGACCGCGUAAGGACAGUAUCUCAAUAUUUGAGCAUUAAAUAUAAGCGUUAAAUUGUCGUGGAAUUGAACGAAAACUCGCAUAUUUUUUCCAAAUAGUAUACAGAACUGUAACAUAGCUUAUAAUGUAGAUAAUAUAAUAUAAUACUCGAUUCUCAUAUUUGAUGUUAUUCAAAUAUAGAAGUAUCAGUGGACUUAUGAUUAUAUUACAUCCGCGCUGAUCACGUAAUAGACGCAACGGUAACAGCGCUCUCGGUACUGAGCGCACGCGACGCGGUCCCCGCGGCCCCCGGAGGCCCCACGGCUGGAAAGGGGUUCUCUUUCCAAUGAGGUGUCUAAUUAAGUCGCAUAUCUUGUAACUAUGAAUUUUCAAAUAGGAAUUUGCUCAAGCUUGUCAAUCUUGAGCAAAUUCCUUCUCUAAAUUGUAAAUUAUACAUAGUCUUCACGCUCAGAUGUUCUGCAAAUAACAAAUUUGACUUUCGACGUGACGAUGUCAGAAUAUAACGUCUUCAUAAUUAGCAGCGCUUCUAAAAUGUUAGUUAAUUCUUAAAAAAAAUUAAUCCAAAUGUUAAUGGGUGAAAACCAUCUGGUCCCCUCUGUCUCAGAUUAUGCGAAAUAUAAUAACAAAAUACGAAAUCAAGAUGAAUAUUGAUUUCUUAUAAAUUGAUUCGCUCCUAUUUAUAGUUAAAAAAUGAGAAUUUAUUGUAAAUAACGUUUUAAUGUUUAAGGGUUCAAUGAACAAAAUUUGGUCAAAAUCUAAUUUGCAAGUGAUUAGUAAAUAAUUUCCUCAUCUACUAUCUGUCUACGGUAAACAGCUUUUGCUUUAAUGUCUGUACAACGUGAGUAACCCCAGAGAAUAAUUAAUAUUACUAUUUUGAUUGAACUAUAGAAAAUAUUAUAGAACGGUGUUAUACUAUUUGUAAAUUGCUCAUAUGAUGUAAUGCAGGAAUUUUUCGUACGAUUUUAUUGAAUCUUAUUUUGUGCAUUAGGUUUAAUAAAUAAGAUAUGCUAUGUAAAUUAAGGUAAUAAAGAGAAUAGUUAGAAGAUGCAAUGAUAUGUAAUGCUGCAGUCCUAAAUAUUUUUUUAUAUAUGCGCUGUAAUGUCACAGUACCUGCUUAUUUUUUUUUAUAAUUACCGAUAUAUUAAUUGAUUUAUUGUUUUAUAACCAUAUUAAGUUUGGGAAAAAUUAUUAUGCUUUAUUUUUUUUUAAAAUAAAUUGCACAAAUGUUUCAACACAACACUUUUUGCACCCAAAUCGUAAAGCUACGGCACUAAGGAAAUGUAGUUAAAUGUUGAUUUAGUCACUUAAUUAAUUCUAAAGAUAUAAUAUGUAGUUGAAUAAUUUAAUAAAUGUGUAAUAUAUUGGUU